AUGGUUGGUGUACCCCGUAGUAGAGGCUGUGCUCUCUGUGUGAAGCGUCGGGUCAAGUGUGAUGAACGCAUCCCAGAGUGCGCUAAGUGUGAGAAAUAUGGGAAGCCAUGUCCAGGUUACAACAGGGGCUUCAAAUUCAUUACCGGAAAGCCAUAUAGAAGUCGUCGACGUUUACCCGGUAAUGGUAACGAUACCACAGACAUCCAGAGCCCGGAAUCUGUGAGCCCGAGCAUAAUCAGCAGUGACAGGAGAUCAGCUUCUCAGGAGUUGAUCCAGAGACAUACUCAACUGUUUUUUGUGUCAGCAGAUUUGAAUGUCCUACAGAGCUUGAGUGCUCUGGUUGAUGAUUUUUCCAAUCCAACACCCGCUCUAAGCCAGAAGUUUGUGGUCUCACAGUGGUUUGGACUUCUUCCCGAUAUCUAUGGUCAGAGUAAAAUCCUCGACGCAGCAAUCAAAUCGUUUGUUACACACCAUCUUGGAAAACUUUAUCGAGAUGAGCGGAUGCUCGUAUACGCUCGAUCUACCUACGGAGAGGCGCUGCAUAGACUGAGAAAAUCACUAGCAAAUCCCUCAGAAUAUCUUUCCUCUCAUGUUUUCUGCGCAGUUGUCAUGCUAUGCCUAUAUGAGCUUUUUACAAAUAGGGAGAAUCCAGAAUCUUGGAUCAAACAUGCUCAAGGGCUUGGGCAGCUGGUCAGGGUAAGAGGACCUGGCCGCUAUCGUAAUAAGCUUGAUAUUUCCCUGCUCAAGGUCUCUCGAGGUUUGAUCGUCAUGCACUCGAUGUUUUCCGGCGAACCAUGCUUUCUGGCAUCGAAUGAGUGGCAUCAAACGAUGAAACACCAAUAUGUGACCGACAUGCCUGCUGACUAUCAUGACAUCAUUGAGAGUUUCUUUGCCUACUUUACAUAUGCACCUAGUCUUGUGCACAAGCUCUUCAGUCUCAGAGAAAUUGACCCGACGACUCCAGAGGCAUUUCAGGUGGCAUCAGACGCUCUUUCACAAGCUCUGGAUAUGAGGAGCAAAUUGGACUCCUGGUAUGACCAGUGGUGUAAAAUUGCCCCACUUCCAGUUGAAGAGCUCUCAACAGAUGACGCCCUAUAUCCCGUCAUUUUAACAUAUGCUGGUUUGACUGAUGCUCAAAUAUACUGUGGCUACUACUCCUACAUGGUUAUUAUUCACGAAACAUUGAAGAAUUUGGGCUAUAUCGGUCCCCACGCAGAUAUGGUGGUGUAUUACCGGGAUCAAAUCUGCAAAUCAAUCGAAUUCAGCAGCAAGGGAGCCCUUGGUCCCUACAGGGUGGGAUUUUCCUUACGGGUUGCAAUUGAGGUUGCUGACCCUGUGACAAAAUCUUGGAUCAUAAAUCGAUUAGAGAAAUUCUCGAAGAUUUACGCAGCGGCCCAGCCAGAAAACUACCAACCAGUUCUAUGA